UGCUAAGUUGCUAGCAGGAAGCUCACGGCUUAAACAGCAACUUCCCCCAAACUCUUGCCACUCCAGCUUCGCGGCUUUAGGUCUUGUUUGGCGCCAAAUCUACCAGUCCUGUCCCAGUUUGCCCAAGAGAAGUUUAUUGCUUUACUGUAGUCAACUACUAUGGGGUGCUGUAUGGGAAAGGAACGCAGUGAUGAAGAACAGAAGAUUGACUUCAAAGGUGGCAAUGUGCAUGUGAUCACUAACAAAGAGAAUUGGGACCAAAAGAUUGCAGAGGCAAACAAGGAUGGUAAAAUGGUGAUUGCAAAUUUCAGUGCUUCCUGGUGUGGACCAUGCCGUGUCAUUGCACCUGUUUAUGCUGAGAUGUCACAGACAUACCCCCAGUUCAUGUUCUUGACCAUAGAUGUUGACGAGCUAAUGGACUUCAGCUCGUCAUGGGACAUCCGAGCGACCCCGACUUUCUUCUUCCUCAAGAACGGGGAGCAGGUGGACAAGCUCGUCGGCGCCAACAGGCCUGAGCUCGAGAAGAAAAUUGUGGCGCUUGCCGACGGCGCCUGAGGCAAGCCAGUAACGAACAGGCAAUGUUGUCAGCCUGUCAGGAGAGCAGAAGUUCAGAGUUCAGAUUGUCACGGCAAAUACUCCAUGAUUUUUAUCAUCAGAGGCUGUAUAUCCGUUCUGCCUAUGUGAACUGCUCAGAGUUCAGACUAGUUUUGGCUAUGUGCAGAUUGUACAUCCUCCGGGUAAAAGUAUCCUGUUUCUGUUUAAAAACACACCUUUGGCAUGCUGUUCUGGCACUAUUGUUGCCAAAUUUUACCCUGGUGAUUCAUGAACUGGUGUAUGCUGAGUGUGAAUUGAUAUAAAAACAGCUGGAAAUAUUGCUGCUACCA